UUGAGCUUGGGUUCGCUUCAGUCGCACCUUUGCCCCAGCCGUGUAGUGACCGCGUUGCGUUAUCUCAUCAAACGGCGUUCGACGUGUAUCAGUUUAUUCUAGUGGUUUACUCGAGGCAUCGGCCUACACGACGUCAUCCCGAAGGAAAAUGGGGGAGAGACGUGGAACGAAAGCUCUGGAGAUGUGGUGCAAGAGGGUGACACAAGGGUACCCGGGGGUCAAGGUGGAGAACAUGACCACCUCUUGGAGGGACGGAAUGGCCUUCUGCGCCAUGAUCCACCACUUCAGGCCAGAUCUCAUUGAUUUCUCCAGUUUGGACAAAUCCGACAUCCUGAAAAAUAACGAGAUGGCGUUCAGGAUAGCAGAGAGGCACCUAGGCAUUCCAGCUUUACUAGAUGCAGAGGACAUGGCAGAGUACCCCGUACCUGACAGGCUGUCUAUCCUCACGUACCUUUCUCAGUUCUACCAAGCAUUCGCUUCUAACAAUGCAUCGCCAAUUAAAAAACAAUCGUCAGAAUCACCCGAUACUUCUUUGACGUCACUGACUCAAAGCAACGUACAGCAUGCCCCAAAAAUGGAAGGAACGCCACCGUGGAAGGAGCCUUGUGUCAUUUGUGACCACGCUGUAUUUUUAGCACAGAGACUCCGUGUAGAAGGGAAAUUGUACCAUAGAACAUGUUUUCGUUGCGCACGUUGUAAUGCACAAUUGAGCACCGCCGACUAUUACGAAACCCACGACGGUCAGUACUGCUGCGAGACUUGUCCGGAUGAAGACAUGGAACACUCCGCAGAGCCGCCGAUCGUCAUUCCAAGCAUCCGAGAAGAAGAACAGAUCGAGCAGGUCAUAAAUCUUACAAGGCCCCAGUCUAUCGAACCGACUCCUUCCCAAAAAUCUUCAUUAGUCGCUAUGAGGAAAAUGUUGUUUGAUUCCUACAAUAAAGACACCGACGACGCCAAGUUGAACCGGUGUGAGAACAAAACCACAGAUGAUGUAAAUAGCAUAGAAGAUAGUAAGAAUGAUCUCUCUAAUAACGAUGAUUCUAGUUCACAAAAUCAGUUCAGAAAAAAUAGUGAAGAAAGUGUACAUACAAACGUAGAUUGUAAGAAUGAAGAUUCUCCAUUGUGUGUUGAAUUAAAUCAUACCGAUAGUAAGGUUAACGAUAGGAAUAGUUUAGAUAACAAUGUGAAUAUUUUGGUAGAUAAAGUUAUAUGUUCAGACGUAGAAAUCGAUUCGGAUAAAGUAGUCACCGAAUCUGAUGAUAAGGUAGAUUUAAAAGAAACUUUAGAAGAUAAACCCACUUCUUUAGGUGAUAACAAGUCAUUGACUGUACAUACUGAUGAUUUAAAAAUCAAAAGCGACGAUACAGAAACACAAGAAAACCAUAAAAUUAUUGAGGCGAUAAAUGUAUCCAUAAACGUCGAGGAAAAUGUAAGCUCAUUCACUUCGAAAUCACCGACAGUGGAAAUAGUGAAAGAGCCGGCUGAAGAUAAAUUGAGAGGAAAAGAAUCUGAUUAUCCGAGCGGUUUCAAUCCGUUCGGAGACGAUGAGGAUGAAGAAGAAAAAUCAGUUGAAAAUUCAAAGACGAGUACAAACCCGUUUGACUCUGACACUGAAGAUGAAGAAAUUAAAUCAAAAUCUCCAGAAAAACUGGCCGAAGCCAUUUCACCAAUCCACAAAGCAUCAUCUCAAAACCCGUUUGGGUCAGAUGAAGAAGACGAUACCCAAAUUCCAGUGCCAUUGCCAAGAAGAAAUACUCACUCUUCGCCAGUGCCAUUUCCUAGAACUAAAUGGAGAGGAAGUCAGAGAUCUUUAUGUUCUAUGUCUUCUAUGGGAUCUCAUACUUCACCGAGGAAGAAGAGGCCUGCACCUCCACCUCCUGUAUCGCCCAGUAUUUCAUUAACUAGUCCUAGGUCGAGGAAAACCAAAAGAGCUCCUUUGCCUCCUAGUUUAGGUUCAUCGAGACUCUCGCUGUCUACAGAAGUUUCUUCUAAGGCAUCCGAAGAUUCACAAUCCAUUUUAAGCAGCGAUCAAAACUCAGUCAAAGGAAUCCAGGAUGACGAGAUCACCACAGAAAUUUCCAACAUCGCCGAGAAGAUAUCGGCUAUGGCAGACGCACAAAAUAAAGAAAACGAAGAGAGUAAAAGAAAAUCCACAGAUGAGCCUUUGGAAUCGGGCGAUAUGAAAUGUACAUUAGAUGAAUCUGUGACAUCUGAGGUCGAAGAAAAUACGGCGUUCGACUCGAAGAAAAUUAUUAUACCACAAACACCUCCUCCCAAACCCAGAAGACUAGAAAUAUCUUCUAACGAGGUAACAUUGAGCAGCAUAUCGCCCACUCCUUCAGCAUCAACGUCUAACGUCGACAGCCUGACUUAUCAAGAAGACAUUAAUUCCCCAACAGAAAAACAAAGUAAAGACUUUGCCAACUUACAUCAGAAGAUAUCAGAAGAGAGAGGGGCAACAUUCACAACGCCUAAUAAAAGCACGCAUGGUCAGUGGCGAAGGAAGAAAGCACCAGCGCCGCCUCUGCCCCUGCCAAAGAGGCGGACGGUCAAACCGAUGCCCAUUCAAAACAUAAAGCAAGAGCUGAAAGACAUUGAAAUAAAACAGCAAGGUCUUGAAAGACAAGGAGUAGCUCUCGAAAACAAAAUCAGGGAUAAGUUUGACACAGAAGAAAGUAUAUCUCCUUACGUGGAAGAAUUAGUCCUCCAGCUGUUCGAACUAGUCAAUGAAAAGAACGAAUUGUUUAGGAAACAAGCCGAGUUGAUGUAUUUGAGGCGUCAGCAUAACCUAGAAGAAGAGCACGCCGAGCUAGAAUAUCAAAUCAGGUGCCUUAUGGCGAGGCCUGAAGUCAACAAAACUGAUUCGGACAAAGAAACCGAAGAACAAUUAAUUCAGAGGCUAGUCGAAGUGGUAGAAAGGAGGGAUGCGAUCGUUCAGUGUCUAGAAAUGGACAGACUGCGCGAAGCCGAAGAGGAUAAAAGCAUCAGCUUAUCCCUAGGUAUAUUCACUCAAAAUAUCGGCCAAGAGGUCCAAUCGAAGCCGAUUAAAAAGCAGAAAAAGAAAAAAGACAAGCGGAACAGCCUUAAAACUCUCGAUCUCGACAAAGACCUGGACGAAAGUGAGAAAGAGAUUAAAAAGAAGAAAAAAUGGUACACGCUUCACCAUCUGAAGAACAAACACUUGUGAUAAAGAGUAGUGAUAAACGGUUGUGAUUUUCGCACUGA